CGUUUUCAGUGCACGUUGGAAUCUUGACGCGAGCGCGACGAUCACUCACAGUGUAAUACGUAGCGAACGAUUCGAAUAACUCACACCCCGUUUCCCUCGCAUUUUGUCAGCGAUUGUUUCUUGUGUGCGUGUGUGUGGCUUAGUUUGUGUGCGUGUGUGUGAUACUCUGUGCAUACACAUCUUUCAAUCCGUGUUGAUAGAUUGUCAGUUGACCAGAGAAGACACCUAAUAAACAUCUACCUGACCUUUGCCAAAGUCUCAGAGCGUCUGACAAUAUGAGAGAAAUAGUGCAUUUGCAGGCCGGCCAAUGUGGCAAUCAGAUUGGUUCAAAGUUCUGGGAAAUCAUCUCAGCGGAACAUGGCAUUGAUCCCAAUGGCUACUAUCAUGGCGAAUCGGAUCUGCAGCACGAACGCAUCGAUGUCUACUACAAUGAGGCGUCCAGCGGCAAGUAUGUGCCCCGCGCUGUGCUCAUUGAUCUGGAGCCGGGCACCAUGGACUCGGUGCGCCAAUCAACCAUGGGACAACUGUUCAGGCCCGACAACUUUGUUUUCGGACAGUCUGGAGCAGGCAACAACUGGGCUAAAGGCCACUACACAGAGGGCGCCGAGCUGAUCGAUUCGGUGCUGGAAGUGAUGCGUAAGGAGUCCGAGGGCUGCGACUGCCUGCAAGGCUUCCAGUUGGCGCAUUCACUUGGCGGCGGCACUGGCUCUGGUCUAGGCACUCUGCUCAUUUCGAAAGUACGCGAGGAAUAUCCGGAUCGCAUCAUGAACUCCUUCUCGGUGGUGCCCUCACCCAAGGUAUCCGAUACCGUCGUGGAGCCGUACAAUGCAACGCUCUCCAUACACCAGCUGGUGGAGAAUACGGAUGAGACGUUCUGCAUUGACAACGAGGCGCUUUAUGACAUCUGCUUCCGCACGCUGAAGCUCUCCUCGCCCACUUAUGGCGAUUUGAAUCAUCUGGUUUCCAUCACAAUGUCUGGCGUGACCACCUGCCUGCGCUUCCCCGGCCAGCUGAACGCUGAUCUGCGCAAGCUGGCAGUGAACAUGGUGCCCUUCCCGCGCCUUCACUUCUUCAUGCCCGGCUUUGCGCCGCUCACAGCCAAGGGCUCGCAGCAAUAUCGCGCUCUCACUGUUGCCGAGCUCACGCAACAAAUGUUCGAUGCCAAGAAUAUGAUGACCGCCUGCGAUCCCCGGCAUGGCCGUUACCUAACCGUCGCCUGCAUCUUCCGUGGACCCAUGUCCAUGAAGGAGGUGGACACACAAAUGCUCAACGUGCAGAGCAAGAACAGCAGCUACUUCGUCGAAUGGAUACCCAACAAUGUGAAGGUGGCCGUCUGUGACAUUCCGCCACGCGGGCUCAAGAUGGCAGCCACAUUCAUUGGCAAUACGACAGCUAUUCAGGAGAUCUUCAAGCGCAUCUCCGAACAGUUUACGGCCAUGUUCCGCCGCAAAGCCUUCCUGCAUUGGUACACUGGCGAGGGUAUGGACGAAAUGGAGUUCACCGAGGCGGAGAGCAACAUGAACGAUCUGAUAUCCGAGUAUCAGCAAUACCAGGAAGCAACCGCCGACGACGAUGUCGAAUUCGACGACGAGCAGGCCGAGCAAGAGGCUUACGAGUCAGAAGCACUGCAGAAUGGCGGUGCCUAAGCAAGUACUCGUCAUAAUCGAGUAUUACUGUUAUCUGUAGCUAGGUUUACAAACGUGUAGACACAGCUAAUGAAAGUUAAUAAACA